UGCCGACCUGCAGACCUCAGAGAGGACCCCGGGUCCUACCUGGGGUUGGGUGUCCAGGAUGCGGGGGACGCUUCUGGCUUUGGCGCAGUAGGGGCUCCCCAGUGGCGGGGGAGGGGUCUUCUCCUCCAGCCCCUCCCCCCGCCCCGCCCCCGAACCCUGGGACCGCGGACUGGGAGCUCAGGUUCCUGCAGCCCAGGCGCUGGCGGUACAGAUGUGCCCUAAGGGGAGGGGAAGGAGGAUGGAUUGGCACCCCCGCACCCUCGCCCCAGUCCCUCACCCGCCUCCCCGUCCCUCCCCGCGCUAACUCUCCGGGCGCCCUCGCCGGCCAAGGGCGGAGCUCGAUCCGCGGCGCCAGAGAAUCCCGGGCUCCCGCCCCUCCCCUGUCGCUUCCUCCCCGGAGCCCCCCAGCGGUCGCCACCGCCGCGGUGUAGCCCCGCGCGGCGCGAGCAGCUGCCGAGGGGCCAAGGGAUGAGCUGGGUUCCUCCUUCCUAAUGGCAUCUCCCCCUGGUCUGGAACUGAAGACACUGAGCAAUGGUCCCCAGGUCCCAAGGAGACCAACUCCUCUGGGCCCAGUGGUCCCGUCCAGGGCAGGCGUGGAGAAUGCCGGCUUCUCCUUGGAGGAGCAUGAGACCCAUUUCCAGAACCCCAGGGAUGCCAGACUGGACAGCUCCCCCAGUCCUCUGGGGGGUGUUCCCCCACUGCCCCGGUCCCAGCGGGAUGAUCUGUCCCUGCAUUCAGAGGAGGGGCCGGGCCUGGAGCCGGUGAGCCGCCCUGUGGAUUAUGGUUUCGUUUCCGCCCUGGUUUUCCUGGUGAGUGGGAUCCUCCUAGUGGUGACAGCCUACGCCAUCCCCCGGGAGGCCCGCGUCAACCCGGACACAGUGACAGCGAGGGAGAUGGAGCGGCUGGAGAUGUACUACGCCCGCCUGGGCUCCCACCUGGACAAGUGCAUCAUCGCGGGCCUGGGGCUGCUCACGGUGGGCGGCAUGCUCCUGUCCGUUCUGCUCAUGGUCUCCCUGUGCAAGGGAGAGCUGUACCGCCGGCGGACCUUCGUUCCCGGCAGGGGCUCCCGGAAGACGUAUGGCUCCAUCAACUUGCGCAUGAGGCAGCUGAACGGGGAUGGGGGCCAGGCCCUGGUGGAGAACGAAGUUGUCCAGGUCUCGGAACCCAGCCACGCCCUCCAGGGGUCCUAAGGAAGAGCCCACCCUUUCUGGCUGCUUUAGCUCCAGGGCUCCAAGGCCCCGAAGGCCUGGGGCUUCACACUGAGCUCUCCAUGGGGCCCCUUGAAGGAGGCUGGGGUGUCUUGGGUGCUGGAGGGGAAGCCCAGGGCAGCCCCGCUCAGGCAGGUGCCCGCUGGUCUGUUCUGCAGUUCGAGGUUUUGCUGAAGGUUUUGUUUGGCGGUCGGCUCUGCUGGCUCUGCUGCUAAAAAUACAAAGUUUGGAAACCGCUGCUCUUGGAAGAUGAGGUUUCUUGGCAUUUCCAAGGGUUGGAAGCCAUUUGAAAGGUUGCCUGUCCCGUUCCUUAGCUGUGGGAAAUUCUGGGGCCUCCACUACCCUCAUCGGCUAGCUGAAGAUGUGGGGUGAUCUUGGAGGGGGCACCUUUCAGUGCUGACCAUCUAAGGUGAGAGGUGGCUUCAUGGUGAAGGGAGAAGCCAGCACUGGGGUGACCCCCUGUGGCAUCCCAACUGACUGAACCAUGCAUGACCCUCUCCUCUGCAGCCUUCAGUCACUCGGUCAGCCAGGGUGUGGACUGGAUGACCCCUCCGGCCAUUUCUGCCCUGGCAGUGGGAACCCAGUCUCUGCCUCUGGCCCCGCUUUGCAGAAGGAGGGUGUCCACCAGGCACGGUCUUUCUCCCUGCCCUGCUCUGUGACCACCACGUCAGGAAGCUAGCAGAUCUCACUGUCCUGCUGAAGAGCCCCCCUGGGUCAGUCAGGCUUAAACCCAGUUUGCCACAACCUGCGUUUGGUCUCAGGGUCUAAUUUCCUGUAGUGACUAAUUUUCUGUGGUAGCACAUUUUGCAAAGUUAGAGGCACAUUUCCACCCAUGGGGGCACAGAGAAUCUUUCAGACAAGAAAGUGUGACAACUUUGUGGUAUAUCCGUGGGUAUGAUGUGCUCUUGUUCACCGAUCUUCCUUAAUAGCAUCGUCUCUUGGGUCUGAUCUUAUUCUGACAGCAGAAAAAAAAAUUUUUUUUUAACGCUGAAUUUGUCUCCUCCCACUUACCCUCUUACUAAUAAAGUGU